UCCACAGAGACGCUGAGGAGGCACGAGCUGCUCUCACACGCUGCCGACACACGGAACGAGAACCUAGAACCCAGAACAGGACCAGAGAACCUAGAACCAGAGACCAGAGGACAGAGGACCAGAGGAGCAGACAUGUCGGGGAACAACGAGAGCGACGGCGGCUGGAGGACGUUCGUGUGGAACUCUGAGAAGAAGGAGUUCCUGGGACGGACCGGCAGCAGCUGGUUUAAGAUCUUCGCGUUCUACGUGAUCUUCUACGGAUGCUUGGCGGGGAUCUUCAUCGGGACCAUCCAGGCUCUGCUGCUCACGCUCAGUAACUACAAACCCACCUACCAGGACCGGGUGGCCCCCCCAGGUCUGUCCCACACGCCUCGCUCAGUGAAGUCUGAGAUCGCCUUCAGUCUGUCUGACGCUACUUCCUAUAAGAAGUACGUCGCCGCCAUGGACGAGUUCCUGAAUCAGUACAAUGCAGAAAAUCAGACCGACCUGAUGAAGUUUGAGGACUGUGGAGACAUUGCCAAGUCCUACACCGACCGCGGCCCUCUGGACAGCGAAGCCGGUCAGAGGAAAGCGUGUCGCUUCAGCCGCUCUCUGCUCGCCACCUGCAACGGACUGACCGACACCAACUACGGCUUCAAGGACGGGAAGCCCUGCAUCAUCGUCAAGCUCAACCGCAUCGUCAACUUCAGACCAAGGGCUCCAGUUAACAACCAGUCUAUCCCGGAGCCUCUGCAGAGCAAAUUGCAGCCCAACCUGAUCCCCAUCUACUGCAAGAACAAGAGAGAAGAGGACGAGGACAAGGUCGGAGAGAUCCUGUACCAUGGUAUGGGCGAGGGCUUCCCCCUGCAGUACUACCCGUACUACGGCAAGCUGCUGCACCCCCACUACCUGCAGCCUCUGGUGGCCAUCCAGUUCACCAACCUGACCCUUGACCAGGAGAUCCGCAUCGAGUGCAAAGCCUACGGCGCCAACAUCGGCUACAGCGACAAGGACCGCUACCAGGGACGCUUCGACGUGAAGUUCACCAUCACCUCGUGACCUCUCACUGUGACACCGACACAAUGUAGAGAGAAUAAAAGAGUUGAGAUAAACACCACUAGUCUUUGAACAUUCAUGAUAUACAGGACCUACACUUAAUCUGUGUGCUUUACACUAGCUUCUCCGUGUGUGUGUGUGUGUGUGUGUGCGUGUGCGUCCAGGGUUAGAAUGUAAAAUACAAGAGUAGCAAUAGCAAAUAUUUAUUCUACUGUACAUGAGAAUAUUCCUCGAGCCAUGUGUUCAUCUAUUACUGUAACUCCACUACUGACGUGUAGCUCCUCCUGUCUCACUGUUUGAUCCUACGUGUCCUCAGAGUGUCCAGUGCUGUAGUCCUGUUGUGAUCUGUCUUAUGUCCGCUUCCGUGGUCCAAGGUGUGUGUGCGUGUGUGUGUGUGCGUGUGCGUUAACGUGCUCUAACUGAUACUAGCAUGGUACUCUGAACCUCUGAGGUGAGUAAAUGACUGACUCCAUGUUUGAUGAUGUUUCUGUUGAACCUCUUCCGUCUGUUCCUUCUUAACUGGUAGUGUAGAGCUUUGUGGGUCAUCUCCAUGGAAACAGGGGCAACUCUGAAAUCUGUUUUUGCUGGAGACAUCACGUGACGUGGUGCAACUUACUAUUGAAUGUUUUAACCAUUUUCAUGGUGGAAGAAUUUUAUAUUUAUGCAGUUGUACAUUUUUUUUCAAAGUGUAAUGUAUGAAUCAAAAAACCAAAGUCGCUGGUCUAAAAAAAAGUAAGAGAACAUCAGAGGCAGUUUCCCGUGUAAUGACAUGUUUAGUCGGUGUGUUCAAUGUUGAAGAUCAAAACACUUUAUUUAAUCUGCAUAAGGCUGAAACAAUAAACAGAAACAUGAGUCAAC